AUGGUUGCACCAACAGCUUUGAAGAAAACUGCAGUUUCUGAAGUUAGUAAUGUUGCUUCUUCUGCUACAACUUCAAGUAGAAUAAUAGGUAUGGACAAUAGAGAAAAGAUUGAAGAUGACGAAGAUGAAGAUAUUUUGAUAGAUCAAGAUGAUGCUGAUGAUGUAACACCAACACAAAACGAUGAAGAAAUUAAAAAACAAAAAGAAUCUAAAGGUGUUGUAUUUGAUGAAUCUGGGAAACCACGUUUUGCUCAAGCAAAUAAAACUACUUUAACAAAGAUUAAGUUGGAAAGUAGAAAGAUUGCAGUUCCACCACAUAGAAUGACUCCAUUAAGAAAUAAUUGGACUAAAAUAUAUCCACCUUUAGUUGAACAUUUAAAAUUACAAGUUAGAAUGAAUUUAAAGACUAGAUCUGUUGAAUUAAGAACAAAUCCAAAAUUUACAACUGACCCAGGUGCUUUACAAAAGGGUGCAGAUUUCAUUAAAGCAUUUACACUUGGGUUUGAUCUUGAUGAUGCUAUUGCAUUAUUAAGAUUAGAUGAUUUAUAUAUUGAAACAUUCGAAGUUAAGGAUGUUAAAACUUUAAAUGGUGACCAUUUAUCAAGAGCUAUCGGUCGUAUUGCUGGUAAAGAUGGUAAGACUAAAUUUGCAAUUGAAAAUGCUACAAGAACGAGAAUCGUCCUUGCUGAUAGUAAGAUUCAUAUUUUAGGUGGGUUUACACAUAUUAGAAUGGCUAGAGAAGCUGUUGUUAGUUUAAUUCUUGGUUCGCCACCAGGUAAAGUUUACGGUAAUUUGCGUACUGUUGCAUCAAGAUUGAAAGAACGUUAUUAA